AUUGGCGCGUAAAGAAAUUAACCUAACACGGUCUGUUUGGUUAUGAAACAGCAAACCUACUUUUUAAUAAAGAAUAGCAAUAUGCGAACAGUAAUUAUUAAAAAGAUAUCGAAAUUCUAAUAUAACGUAGUAAGUGGUAAUUCAGUGUGUUAGAAAAUUAGCGAUUUAUUGUCAAAUGUUACAUGAAAUUGUGACCAGAUUGUUUUAAUCCUAACAGUAUGCAACUUGAAGAAUAAUAAUUAUUGCUUACGCCAUGUUACAGAAUUACAUUCAUGUGUAAUAGGUACACCAAAAACACAUUACGUACAUAUAAAUUGAUGUAUCCUGAAUUAGAAUAAUCUUUAAAACAUGCGAAAAUAUUACCAAGCAGCACUCGCAAUCAUUACAGUAGUGAGUCUAGUGUCUUUAUUAUUUUACAGACAUGAGUACAAUAAGUUAAGAUAUGUACUAGAAGUUUUCAAUUUCUUUGGGAAACCGAAUCAGAAAAAUGUUGAAGCCAACUGUACAAGUAAUGUGUCAUUAUUUAGUGCACUCAACAUGAAAUUUGACGAGCCUCUUCCCUCGUGGCAGAAAUUAGAAAAUGAUUUAUAUAUCUAUUCCGCAUAUAACAUUCAUAAUAAAGAAGUGCAAGUGAUAGGCUUUGGAUCAUUAAAUAGUAUUCAAGACAUACAAUGUAUAAUAUUUUUUCAUAAUGAAAACAAGCCAGUUUUAGGAAGCUUCAGAUACAUUCCAAUUUAUAAUUCAAAUGACACAAGAACUUAUAAAAAUUCAGAUUAUAAUGGAUAUCAUUUUUAUUGUACAUAUGCUAAAAAUAAAAAACCAGUAGGAAUAUCUUUGCUAACAAAGUCUAAUCUAAAUCUUAAUGAUACGCCCAUGUUAGCAAUUAAAUCUCCAUUACAUAACUCAAAUUAUACUAAUCUUGGAGUAUGUGUAACUCCGCCAUUAAAAAAACCAAUGCAUUUAUCAGAGAUGAUAGCUUUUAUAAAUUUCCAUGACAUAAUUGGUAUAGAUAAUUUUAUAAUAUACGAUUUUGGUAUCAUGAAUGAUUUCAAUGAUCAGCUCAAGGAAUUAUCCAAAUCUCAAAAUCCAUACUGGAAGUUUACAUACACAGUUGUCCCAUGGAACUUUCCUUUCUCUGGAAUUAAUCCAAAUGUGAUAAAAGAUCUCAUACAGGCAGAUUGUUUAUAUCGUACAUACAAUAAAGUUAUGUACACAAUUACAUUAUCAUGGGAAGAAUAUUUAGUUUUAAAGUAUCAUCAUUCCAUCGUUGAUUUAAUGGCAAAUUUUAAGCAAUUUAGUAUGAAAGCUGAUCGAUACAGUAUAAAGUCCUUCACGUUCUGUACUCAGCAAAUCGACAAUGCACUUACUAAAAAUGCAUCAUUUGUAAUAUUUAAAAAGACUCAAUAUGAUCCAAGCAUUGCUGACAAUCGAUCUAUUUAUAUAUAUAAUACACAUGAAGCAUUUAAAAAAGAUAACAUUAAUAUUCGAAAAAUUAGCACAGAUUUGGUCAUGGUAAAUCGUUAUAAAUACUGUUUUGAAAAAUAUAAUUCAGGUACAGGCAAAGAAGAUAGUUCAAUCUUGAGGUUUAAAGAAGAUGUACAAAAUUCACCAAUGUAUAGAAGAUUUAUAGUAGAAAAGAGGUUUUUAUCAAGCUCAUGAUAAUAAAUCACUUUUUUAAUUGAUUGCAAUACAUAAUCAAGUAUCAUCAUUGAAA